AUGGACAAGAUGAAUAACCUGAAGAGAAUGGAGGAGAGAAUAAGGGAUUGUAAUGCAGAAAAUAAGGUGCUCACCAAUGCUUUAGGAAAGGACAAGGCUCGUCUCCGAGCGAAAUUCACAGUAGAACUAAUUCUUAAUUCCUCCCUGGGCACUGGACUUGACCGACAGGCCAUUCGGAUUGGUGUUGCUCUUCGCCUAGCCGGGCCCACCCUCAACGAACAUAGCGUGAGUAUGGAGGUGUGGUUGUUUGUAGCAGGGCUGGUGCUGGUGGCUUAUGUAUACUCUCGCUGGUGCCACAGCUACUGGUCAUCCCAUGGUAUUCGUACCCCACCUUUUCUACCAUUCCUGGGACACAUGCAUAAGAAGUUACCAAUCUUUCAAUCUCGAUGGGAUUAUUACGACGAGGUAUAUCACAAGUACGGCGGAGCAUCGCUGUGUGGCCUCUAUGAUCUGUUUCGUCCUGUCCUAAUGAUUGGUGAUCCAGUCCUUGUCAAAGGCAUUCUUGUUAAAGACUUCGAACAUUUUGUUGACCGAGAGAUAUUUCGGGCAGAAGAAGGAAGCAUUACUAAUGAAACGUUAACCAGAAAGUCCGGAGAUGAGUGGAAGGCACUUCGAGCCAUCAUGACUCCGACAUUCACCUCUGGCAAGAUACGUGGGAUGUUCCCUCUCGUCUGUAACAAGGCUGACACUCUUGUCUCUUUUACUCUCAAAGAAGCCGCUCAGAAACCUUAUGUUGAUAUGAAAGAUAUCUUUGGACGGUUUACUAUGGACACUAUUGCUUCCUGUGCUUUUGGUAUUGAAUGUAAUUCUUUUAAAAUAGAAAGAACCAGAGUUUGCCAAAUGGGCAGCAGCUUUUUUUGA